ACAUAUAUAACCCCCCCUACUCCUCCGCCCUCCAUUCCAUUUCCACCUUUUUUCUAUUCCACAUCAUCAUCAUCAUCGCUAUUUUGUUCUAUCUUUGUUCUUUUUCUCUUCCACAACCACUAUUUUUCAAAAGCAAACUAAUUCAACACCACCACCACCACCAACAACAAACAAUGACUUCCACUGACGCCGCCACUGCCACUGUCGAGACCUCCGCUCCUGUCCUGGCUCACGUUAUUGGUGUCAAGAUGCACUGCGGUGGUUGCUCCGGUGCCGUCAAAAAGGCACUGAUAAAGAGCGGCGAGUCCGAAGACAAUAUCAACAUCGAAAUGGGCGCUCAGUCGGAGGUCGUUGAGAUUAUCAGGAAGACCGGAAAGAAGAUCCUCACCGUCAAUGGUGAGACCUACGAGCCUGUUGUUGGCAAGGCUGCCGAUGCCGAGGCUGCGCAGGCUGUCGCCGCUGUUGAUGGCGAGGUCGCUGCUGCUACUGCCCCGGCCGCGUAAUUCUUUUUUCUUUCUGUUUUUGUUUUCUACUGGUUUUCCAUCACCAUUCCAUAUUUUUGUUUUUGUUUUGUUUUUUUGCAAAUAAAAGUAAUAUCCAUUC